AUGACGAGGGAAUACUACUCCCUCGACGAAGAGCAUAUGUCAUUUCAGGCCGUCAUGUCCGAGGAGUUCCAAUUCAAAUAUUCGCUACCCGGGCAGCAGCACAACAUUCGCAGGAUCCCAAACUCAGUAAUAGCCAAGGCGUUGAGUUGGCAGAGGACUCGAGCAAGCAACCCUACCGAUCCCUUCUUCAAAGAGUUCUCCACCGAGUUUCUGCACGGCUUCGAACAAGAGCUACAGGCAUUUGGAGGGCUUCCCAAGUCAUCUGACUGGAUGGCAGUUCCUUGCUUCCCGAUGGCGUUGAAGGUCAUUGCCCGUCUCACCACAAAGUCCCUCUUCGGGGAGCCUCUGUGCAGAGACCCCGUCUUUCUUGAUUUGUGUUGCGAGGUUGGAGACUCGGUACCCCGGGUAGCUCUCCUCCUUCGCUGUAUUCCCGCAUUCGCAAGGCCUUACCUUGCCAAGUUCUUACGAGCCCCACGACGCGUAAAGCACUUGCAGAAUGUGAUACUUGACGAGAUCAAAUCGAGAAGAGACUCGCGGAUUAAGAAUCCCAUGAGAGAUCUUCUCGACUUCUCGAUCAACUGGGUCGACGAGCAGCAAAAAGAUCCUUGGGAAGACUGGCACAUCACCGACAUGAUGACCAAUACCGUCUUCGCCGCCUUGCAUACAUCGAGUCAGUUGGUGGUCCAUACCAUCUUUGAGCUCGCCGCUCGUCCCGAAUACGUGGCGCCACUCCGAGAGGAAAUCAAGGAGCGCUUUGCUACGCACGGAGAGGGUAGCAAAGAGGCCAUUGAUUCCAUGCACAAGAUGGAUAGCUUCAUCAAGGAAACUCAGAGGUUCAAUGCUCUCGACGCCUCUGCCCUUGCUCGACUCGUUCUAAAGCCUUAUACCUUUUCCAACGGCCUGCACGUCCCGGAGGGCACCUACAUCUUCACACCAAACUCACCUCUCCUGCAGGACGAGCGCUUUUAUGAAGAUCCCACGCGCUUCGACGGCUUUCGCUUCGCCCGGAUGCGGGACGACUCCAAGCUCAAGGCCUCGUGCCCCCUGACAGCAACAAGCGAGCAAAGCAUGCACUUUGGCAUAGGACGCCAUGCUUGCCCUGGACGAUUCAUGGUCUCGGAUGAGGUCAAGCUCGUCAUGAUCCAUCUUCUCCUGAACUUUGACUUCGCCAUAGAGAACUUUGGUCCGCGGCCAAAGAACGUGGCCUUUGGAAAAUUCAUGCUGCCGGAUAUGGGUGCGAAGGUGUGGUUGAAGAAGGCGAAUCAGGCUGAGUCCACAGGGGCUAGCUCUGCGCUUUGA